AUGGCGUUUAUUUCAAGCGAUAUAUCUUCGAAGUCAACCAAAAGAGACUUAAUUUCCAUUUGGAACGGAAUAGAGAAGCUUGAAUCCUCUGAGAGAACACUAUUAACGAUUGACGACGUUGCUAAGGAAAUCAGAGGGGAUUGGAAAGGCAGAAAAUGCUUUGUUGUAGAUAAAAGUAGCUAUAAUGGAAAACCGUUAACAUACGACGGCUUAAAAUGGAGAAAAAAAAUCGCUCCGAAGUAUCGGCAAUGGAAUGAAAAUGGACGUGUUUAUGGAACAAUCCAGUGCAGAUCGCCGUCCACUGCGAGUUUCAGAAAAACUGUAGUUUAUAUGGACGAUUCGACUUUUGUUAUCGUCGACUAUCACCGCGAUGAAGAACGAAUUAGCUUGGAUUUUGAUAUUCAUAGGAUGACAGAACAAUGGAAAGUUUCAAACGAUGAUGGAUUUUUGUUCAGUGGUGUCACUCAGCUGGAUACAACAUUCGGAUUGAGCGAGUUGUAUGUCACUUUAAUGUGCACCACAGUAAAGAUAUUCAAGUCGAAAAAAUCAAAAAAACCGAGAACUAUUGUCAUUAGCUAUUUGUUGCACUCGAAAAAGACUAUGGAAUGCCACAAGUUUCACGCAAACCAUGUGAACGAAUACCUGCAGAAGCAAGGUUUCAAAAAUGACCGCGUUGUGCCUGGAUUCAUCACGGACGGUGAAAAAUCCUUUGAGGAAUAUUACAAGGUUUGA